AUGGUAAAGAUUGCGAUAAUUACUUACUCUACCUACGGGCACAUAGACGUUUUAGCCCAAGCUGUUAAGAAAGGUGUGGAGGCAGCUGGUGGUAAAGCUGAUAUAUACAGGGUCGAGGAAACUUUACCUGAUGAAGUCCUCACCAAGAUGAACGCUCCUCAGAAACCUGAAGAUAUUCCUGUUGCCACUGAGAAAACGUUGCUCGAAUAUGACGCCUUUUUGUUCGGUGUUCCAACUAGGUUUGGUAAUUUGCCGGCUCAAUGGUCCGCCUUUUGGGAUAAAACCGGUGGAUUAUGGGCCAAGGGCUCUUUGAACGGCAAAGCUGCGGGGAUAUUCGUUAGUACUUCCAGUUACGGAGGUGGUCAAGAAAGUACCGUUAAAGCCUGUUUGUCUUAUUUAGCUCAUCACGGAAUUAUCUUUUUACCACUGGGUUAUAAGAAUUCAUUUGCUGAGUUAGCCAGUAUAGAAGAGGUACACGGUGGCUCUCCAUGGGGUGCUGGUACCCUUGCAGGACCUGACGGCUCAAGAACUGCGUCUCCACUUGAAUUGAGAAUUGCUGAAAUUCAAGGUAAAACAUUCUACGAAACCGCCAAAAAACUUUUCCCUGCAAAAGAAGCCAAGCCCUCCACUGAAAAGAAGACCACUACUUCUGAUGCGGCUAAGAGACAAACUAAACCUGCAGCAGCUACAACUGCAGAAAAGAAGGAGGACAAAGGAUUAUUAUCCUGCUGUACUGUCAUGUAA